GUUGGUCUCAAAUGGCAAAAUGUGUCUUCUGUGCACAGUUUCAUGAGGUUUUCACGGUGUUUUUCACAGCUGUAUUGAAGAGUAGAAGCGUGGCACACUGAUGGCCACCCGUGUGCUAUGUUGGCGGGUCUGCUACCUCCCUGGCUGGAGAAGAAGUCUCACCCAAGGUCAACACAUUCACACCAAAACAAGGGAAAAGAUAAGCGAACAGGAGGAAAACAAGAAUGUAUCGGAUCACCUGGAUGUUUCCUUCCAAAGUGGAUACAAAUUGUAUUACAAUCCUUUGUCAUACCAUAUUACAAGGACCUCUGCUAAUUCUCGCAAUAGGAUGAAUAGCUCUGAAGAUGAGCAGUUUUUCAGUGCUUCCUUUUGGCAGCAGAGCAACCACUACAGCGUGAGUUGCUCACGGCACCUCUCAAGCUCCAAAAACACACUUCUUGAUUUAGGUCUAAACAAAGCAUCUGAAACUGAAGCACCAUCUGUGUCGUCCUACAACAGGAAGUCAGUCGCACCAGAUGUUAAAGUUGACACACGGGCCUUCCUUAAAUGCAGACCAGAGUAUGCUUCCCUGUCCCUUGACCUCACCCAGCGACCUCAACCAGUAGAAUGGGCAGAAUUGGUGCCAUUACUUCAAAAAGUGUGUGUUUUAAGGGCCAGGAUGAAGCCACCUGACGUGUUGCAGUUUCUCUUGGAACUCAGCAAGUUGCACCCAGACCAGAUGCCUCUGCUGCAAAAUGACCAGCGGUUUGUCAUGCUUCUCCGAUAUUCUGUAGAGCACCUCCGCCUCUUCUCUGACCUACAGCUGCUGGAGGUGUUACAGUCGUUUGUGUGGUUGGAGAUACCCUCGUCCCACAACGUGCUCGAGGUGUACGAAGCCGAACUGAGCUGUCGGGCCAACCAGCUGACUCUACAUCAGUUAUUAUUAGCUGCUGACUUGUGGCGCUGUAUUGGGAGACAGGUGCCGCAGUUCUUGCAGUGUCUCUUUGAGUCAAUUCAUCUUUAUUUGGAGAAAGGACAAGUAGAAGUCCAUGAAUUGGUGCAGCUCCUUUAUAUAAUAGGAGAAGGUAGGCACUGUCCAAAAGACUUGAUCAUUCCUAUAAAGCAACUUCUCAUGCAUCAUUUAGCACAAAUGCAUCCUGAGGAGGUUGGCACUGUAUGUCUGGGACUCUUUAAAUCCCAAACCUCACUUCCAGAGAGAGCAGUGACUCGUAUUGUUGAUAAGGCACUCUCUGUUGUGACUGAGAUGGGUGACUUUGCAAUGGUCAAUGUGUUGAAAUACCUGCGUUUCAGCUAUCUCUUUCACAGGAAAUGGUUGGAAGCCAUGGGAAGGGAAGUUCCUCAACGGGCUCAUCAGAUGGGAGUCCAGGGCCUGAUGCAUGUGACUUUAACUUGUUCAGCUCUUCAUUAUCGCAAUGAUAGCAUCCUGACUUCAAUUGCAGAGAGAGUUCCCUCUCUUGUGCCACAUUGCAGGAGUAAAGACUCAAGCAAAUUCCUGUGGGCCUUUUCCACCUUAGGCUUCCUUCCAGCUCAGAGUCAGAGUUUGUAUUCGAGCCUGACAGAUGCCCUGAGGCAGAGGAAAGCAGAGUUCCAGCGAUACCCCGAACACCUGCUGACUGGUCUUCUAGGUUUGGCUUUUGUUUCUCAGUUUCCAGAGGAUCUUGUUACAUUAGCUCUAAGUCCUGAGUAUGUCCACUUAGCACUGAGUAACUCCAAGCUAGAUCUGAAAAAAGAUUUGUUCACCUUGGAUGCAACUGUGGCUCUGGAGCUUCCUCAGUGGAAAGGCCCACGAUUGAGUGACGAGCUCAGAGAAGAGGUGGCGGAAAUGCUGUGGAAGUUUGCACAGUCGGACGUUUGCCUGAAACCAGAAGUUUUGGAGGCAGAAUCGGCUCUUCAGGAUCUUCUUGGUGGAGACAAAUUUGUAUGCAAAAGAAUGAUCAUGCCACAUACUCGCUCCAUCGAUCUGGAAAUACAUAUGGACCCCAAAGGACAACCAAUACCUGUGAACCAACUGUCCCCUACGCAGAAUUCCACAAUGGUUCCUUCUUCCCAAAGCUGGGAGAAAAUAAACUCAGGAGUAACGAUCACAGACAAUCUUUUAUCACAAUUAAUAAAAGGCAAAAACUCAACUGCGCUUCCUCCAACAACUAUUGCAGCUUCCUCAGUUGGAGAGACACCACGCCAAAGGCUACCACCUGAUGAAGGUGGGAGAGUGUUUGAUUCAGUUCUAGAUUUGACCAAUGACAUGUUAGAAGCCCUCACCAAACCGAGCCACAGCGUCCGUACUAACCAGGACUCGGUUCACCAAGACAUUAAUGACUCAGUCAAAAUUGCUGUCCAGAUUUCAAACAGGAACCACUACUGCAUACAGACACAGCAGCUGCUGGGGCUUCAUGCCAUGAAGAGACGACACUUGAAAAUUGCAGGAUACAGGGUGGUAGAGCUGAACCACUGGGAGUGGUUUUCAAUGAUGAGGAAAAGCAGGGAAAAGAAACUGGCAUAUCUACACUGCAAAAUCUAUGACAGUCUGUAAGGUUUCAGAAACCUCUGGAAAAUUUAUGUUGAACAGUGUUGGAUUUUAAAACUGUAUUCACUUCAAGAAUGGCAAGUUGUUUGAUUAUUAUACAAUGGGUCCAUUAAAAACAUUUUUUUAUA